AUCGGAUUCGGCUGCUCCAGUCAGAACAGCGGUUCUUGUGGGCUUCACCUCUGCAGUUAAUGAGCCACUUAUGCGAUGACGAGCUGAUAUGCGGCUGCUCGGACUUUCAGACAAGCAGACUGAUGAUGGACGCCACUUCAUCUCCACAGAUCGUGGAGGAGGCAGAGUCUAGGAGCAGUGUAGAUCUUCAUGGAGAUGACGAUCUAUUGACGCUAAAGGCUUUGACUGAAAAAUUAAGACUGGAGACCAGGAGGCCGUCUUAUCUGGAGUGGAAAGCUCAACUGGAGGCAGAAAGCUUCAAAGAUUCACAGACUGGAAAAUUACAGAUUCAGGAGGACCGGGAUGGGCAACCAGUCACGUACAAAGAGGCUGCAUCAAACUCGGAUAAAAGUCAGCGAAAGCAACCCUCAGGUGUGCUGAAGGGCUUUGAAAACAUCGACGAAGCGCUCUCUUGGCUCAGAAAAGAACUGACAGAUAUGCGCUUGCAAGACCAGCAGCUGGCCAGACAGCUCAUUCGACUCCGGAGCGACAUCAACAUGCUGAAGAUCGAGCAGACGUGCCACCUGCACCGUCGCAUGCUCAACGACGCCACCUUCGGCCUUGAGGAAAAGGACGAGCUGUCCGACCUGCUGUGCGAGUGCCCCGUCACCCCAGGGCUCGGGCUGUCGGCCCCCCUGAGACUAAUCGGGGUCACUAAGAUGAACAUUAACUCUCGAAGGUUCUCACUCUGCUAGGUCAAACUUUGUGAAAAGUGACUAUAAGAAAUCCUUAAAAGCUUGCUGAGGACUAGGUUUGAGUCAUGUAAGUCAACAGAUAGUGUAUUUGCCAUUAAAGUUCCUUGCAAAAGCAUUGAUGCCCUUUGACCUUUUACACAUACACAAAAUGCAGUGGGUGGAGGAACAGGAUUUGCAUUAAAGUCGUGGGAGAUAUUAUAGAAUUUAUUAGUGAUCUGUCCGACAGGGAGAAUGUAGAGCAAAAACAGAAGUGGGCCCAAUACAGAGCCUAGAUGAAUACAAGUGGAACCUGACAUGAUGGUGUGUAAAUGGACACCCAGGAUUCUGUUUUCAAAAAGGUCAUUUUUUUUUAAUAAUUCAGAGGGCUCAACAAUAUAAAAAUUGAAAUUCUCCUUAUUAGUCUUAUUGUAAUUUGUUGUCUUACUAGACAUAGCCUGUUUCUUGUAAAUUUAUUGAUUUAAUCAUGUAAUCAGCUAGAAUAAUUUCAAUUAUUUUGGGUAGGCAUGGCUCUUGGAGGCUUUACUGUUGAGUUAGUGCUGCUAUAUAUUCAGAAGUGAGCAAAAUACAGGAUAAGGAAGCUUUAAUCAGGUGUCGUUAGUGCUUAAGUAUUGAUUCAAAAAACUGCAAACUGAAAUACAUAAGUACAAAAGUACAGGUUGUUUUCAUCUUUGAUUUCUGACUUUAAGCUAUCUAUUGAUUUUUGAGUUACUAAUCAGGAUUUUGACUUACUAACUGGGAUUUCCAGCCAGGAGACAGAGAUGUUGCACAAAGCUGAUGGGAAGUGAUCAGAAAUAAAGGACCUGAGACUGAG